AACCCGCUUUGACGACUGCCCGCUCACCACCCACCAUGCCUAUGGACGCCAAGGAAGUCGAGACCUACGGCCGCAACCUCACCAAGGCCUCGUCCGCGGGCGAGCCCGCCUCGUCCCUCAUCAAGCUUCUCGACGACCUGCGCGGCGGCGUGCAAGCCACCGAAGACCUCUUGCGCUCCACCAAGAUCGGCAUCACCGUCAACCGUCUGAAGACGCACAAAGACCCUGCCGUUGCAAGAAAGGCCAGUGAGCUGGUGUCCAAGUGGCGCAGCGACGUCAAGAAGGCAGGCGCCGGCUCCGCGACUCCCAAGAGCACCAACAGCACCGCGUCGCCCGCGCCCUCGCCCGCUCCAGCCGCCAAGGCCCCGCCCAAGCACAAUGUUCCCCCGGAGAAACGCAAUGUCAACACGGACGGUGUUGACUACAAGGUCACCGGCAGCGCGACGCGCGACAAUUGCCUGAAGCUCAUGUACGAUGGCUUGGCGCACAUGUCCGAAGAAAUGCCAAAGACGGUGCUCGGCGUUGCCCGCGACGUUGAGCUGGCCGCCUACAACAAGUACCAACCCGAGACCUCCGAAGGUUACAAGACGCGCAUUCGCAUGUUGUAUCAAAACCUGAAGAACAAGUCGAAUCCCGGACUGCGCCGCCGCGUCCUGUCCGGAGAGAUUGCGCCGGCCAAGUUUGUGACUAUGACGCACGAAGAGCUGAUGUCGGCUGAAAAGCGCGCCGAGGAGGAGCGUCUGCAGCGCGAGAACAUCAACAAGGCCAUGGUGGCGCAAGCCGAGAAGAGUAUCUCGUCGACCUUCACCUGCGGCAAGUGCGGCCAGAAGAAGGUCAGCUACAGCCAGGCCCAGACGCGCUCUGCUGAUGAACCGAUGACGACGUUUUGCGAAUGCACGGUCUGCGGUAACCGCUGGAAGUUUUCAUGAGCCUGCUUCGGCCAAGAGAACACGGCCUGUCUUAGCUUUUUUAGUUUUUCUGUAAGAUCACCACUGAGAAGUGCCCGGAAGCGGUCUUCUUGCAAAUGAGCGAAGAAGAUGGAGUAUGGGGACGGAGUAUGAUGAUAGAUUGGAGUUUUUAGGUAGGGAAUCACGGAAGAGAACCCCCC